AUGGACGAGGUGGCAUUUGUAGAAUCGCUAUUCGCGCCCGAGAUGCGGUCGGCCGUCGCCGCCCCCUCCAGCCUGUUCCCGUCGCCGAGCGCGGCCCCGGCGUCGCUGCAGUCCUGCGGCAGAGUCAAGGCGCUGCUGGUGGAGCGCUGCGGCAACGGCAACGUUCCGACACCGCCCGGCAGCAGCUCCGGCAUGGCCGUGCCGGCACCGCCCAACUCGCUGCUGGGCGGCGGCAUCGCGCUCUCGCAGCAGCUCACGCUGCAGCCGCCGGUGGCCGACGACGCGCCGCUGUUCGUGCGCCUGAACGAGGACGACAUGUUCACGCAGAUGCUGAGCGACCAGGACUUUCCGGACUUCCCGCACAGCGGCAGCGGCAAGAAGACACCGGCGGCCAAGCCGCCGUCCAGCAGCAACUCGCUGCUGCUGGAGCCGCUGGACCUGCCGCGAACCAGCGCCGCGCCCGAGCCCACGACGCUCAAGGACGCCUUCUACAGCGUGGCCGAGGCGCCGCCCGUCCACUACCAGCAGUUCCGACCGGCCCAUCGAGGCGGCAUCUGCUCGGCCGCCAACAUCAACGUCAACGUCAACUUCGGCCUGGACGCCAGUAUGAUGCCGGUGUUCCCCGUGGCCAACGGCGUCUACUUCGGCGGGGGCUUCGCGGGCUAUCCGCCGCUGUCGCCGGCCACGCACGGAUGGAUUCAAGACCAGGGUCAAGAGGCCUCCACGCCCGGGGGCAACAACUUCCAGCGAGUCCACACGAUGAAGCACAUGGCGGCCAUGGCCGGCCUGGGGGUGGCCAUGUCUUCGACGUCGCCCAUGAUGGCGCAGCACCAACCCAGUCCGGGGGCAGUAGACAUGUUCAGCCCGCAGCAUCCAGUGAGUCCGGGCAUGUGGCUCUCCUCGUUGAGGAACGCGCAGCCGGAGACGCAGGAGGACCGCAAACCCGUGGGCCUCGACGCCAUCAAGACGUCGGUGGAGCGGCCACCGUUCUCGUUGACCAUCUCGCCGCCGGCCUCGCUGACCAACAAGGCGCUCAAGGAGCUCAUCGUGUCGGCCGACUUCGCCACGCCGCCCUUGAUGUCGCGGCCGAAGCGGCCGAGGGCCAUGAAGGCCGAGCCUGGACUAGGCGAGCCCAGGGCCAAGGCGGCCCGAACCACGUCGGCCUCGCCCGUAAGCCAGGAGAACCGCAGCGGCAACGUCGCACCCAAAGUCAGGACUACCAAGGGCAAGAAGUGCAUCGAGGCUGGCUGCACGCGGCGCGCCCAGUCCAACAGUCGCUGCAAGGCCCACGGUGGCGGUGCUAGAUGUCAGUACUCCGGGCCCGGUGGCUGCAAUCGGAGCUCUCAAGGUGGAGGCUUCUGUCGCGCACAUGGCGGCGGGAAGCGCUGCGAGUUCCCGGGCUGCACGCGCGGCCAGCAGCGCAAAGGCCGCUGCUACGUGCACGGCGGCAUUCGCAAGUGCCAGUACGGCGCGUGCGAGAAGAAGGACCGCGGCAACGGCUUCUGCAUCUCGCACGGAGGCGGCAAGCGCUGCGAGUACCCGGACUGCUCGAGAGCGGUACGACGCGGCCUGCUGUGCCAGAUCCACGAGGCGCAGGAGAAGGAGGCUGGAGAUGGCGUAGCUUUGUAG